AUGUAGCAAAAUGAAAAUGAUCUUCAAUAAAAUGAAAAUAAUCAAUAAAAUCAAAGUGAUUUAUUAAAAGAUAAAUAAUAAUUAAACGAAUAAUAGGAUUAAAAUAAUAAAGAAUCUUAAGAAAAUCAAUAAUAAACUCAUGAAACUGAAAAAUAGAAUGACUAAUUAAAUGUUACUUCUUAAUUUCCAAAUAAUGAAUAAUAAGAAAAUACGAAAUAAAAAGGUAAUUUAGGUACUGAUUAACAGGAAACCAAAGAGAAUAUUAAUGAUUAAUAAAAGGAAUCUAUUGAAAAAUAAGAAUAACCAGAAAAUAAAUAAGAAAAUAUAAAUUAAGAUGAUUCAACAAAGUAACAAUCUAAUAAUAAUUAAACUAUAUAAAAUAAUUAAAAUAAUUAACUAUCAAAUGGAAAUGAAGUUAAAUAAGACAUUGAACAAGAUUAGACAUAAAAAAAUCAAAUGAUUUAAUAAAAUUAAUUAUAAAUUAAAGAAUAGAAAUAAUAAGAAAAAAUAAAGGAAGAAAAUGAUUUAGAAGAUUAAAGUUAAAGAAAAAACUAAAAAAAAAAAACUACUAAAAGAAAAACUACAAAAAUUUAGAUAUAAGAAAAUUAAGAAUAAAACAAUUCAUCAGAAUUAAAUACAAAUAAUGUUCAAGAGUAGAAUUAAAACAUUUAAGAAAAUAAGGAAAAAGAAGAAAAUGAAUAAAAUUAAUAAUAAAGUUAGUAAUAAAUUGAUGAAGAAAAGUAAAAAGAAGAAUAAUAAAAAUUAUAAGAAUAAUAAAAAUUAUAAGAAUAAGAAUAAUAAUUAAAAUUAUAAAGAUAAUUAUUAGCUGAGAAAUUUUUAAAGAGCUUGAUAUUUCCAGUUAAAAGGAUAAAAAAUAAUAAAAGUAAAUAAUUAGAUUUAAGCUUUUAAAUUGAAAGUGAAAAAUAUCAAAUUGAAUAAAGAGUUUGUAAAAGUUCAAAAAGAUAUUAAAAAGAAAAAAAACCUAGAAAUAAAAGCAGUAUUAAUAAGGAAUUAAUUGAAUUUUACAAUAAAAUAAAUCCUCAAUAACAAAAAAAACAAUAAGUAAUGUCUCCCAAUACUUUACAAAGAAUAAAAAAAUAAUAAGAGAUAGAUUAGAUGAAAAAAGAUCAUGAAAGGUUUGAAGAAUAAUAAAAAUAGUAAUAAAAUGCAUUCUCUUAGCCAUAGAAAGAAAAAAAAUAAAAAAAUUAAAAUAAAUAAAGAGCUUCAACUUAACCAAAAAAGAAAUUAGAAGUUAUAGUAAGAAAGCGUAAAAAAAUAAAGAUUAGAAAUGGUCUAAGAGAAAGAAUGGCUAUUGAUAAGGACAAAGUUUCUUAAUAAAAAGCUAUAGAUUUUAUAAGAAAAAUGUAGUAAAAUAGAAUGGAAGCAGAAUAAAAGAGAUAAGAAUAAUUAGAAAUAUUAAGUCUAAAAAUUUCAAGUGAAAUAGAAAAUUUAAGAUAGGGUAAUCAAAGAUAUCGAUAAGAAUAAUAAUAAUAGAAAAGAAAGUAAGCACUUGAAUAAAUUACGAAACAAGAAUAAAAAAGAUAUGAAACAAUGAUGGAAUAAUAAAAAAAUGAAAAAUUUGUUAGAUAAUUGAAAGAAAAGUCUGCUGUAGCUAGUCAUUAUAGUGUAAAGAAAUUAGCAUUAGGUUCUCCAUCUUCUUUAUAUACAGAAUUAGAAAAUGGAUAAAUCUAAAUAGAAUAAAAUAUGGAUACAAAUAGAAAAAUGAAUGAAAAUCAAUUUUUAUUAAUUGAGGAAUAAAAAAAAAUCAUCAAAGAAAAUAAAAACUAAUAAUAAAAUUUAUUACAUUUUCCUAAAGUUAAUAUGAAGAAGAAUUUUGAAUAAGUUAAUAAAUAUCUUGCAGAAGAAUCAAAAGAACCACUACCUGAAAUUAAACCUAAACAAAAGAAGGCUUGGUAAAUUGAAUAAGAAUUAAAACAAAAAAAAUCUUAAAAUAGCGAUUAAUUUAAGGAAUGA